AUGACAGCAACUGAUGUCUUCUACAGGUAUGGCGUCAACAGACUGGGCGUCUAUCUUCUACCAAUAAUUAUAUCUACAGUGAUAUUAAAAUUAAGGAAAAUCUCAGAAUCAAAAAUGGAUUCCCUACCUUUCAUUAUUGGUAGUAUCGGAAUUAAAAUGAAUGAUUAUGAAUGUAAACAAAUAGUUUUAUUUAAGUCGAUAUCAGAAACAGAAAAUGUUGAAAAUGAUGUUUAUUACGAAACUUUUUUGUCAAAAGGAUUUAACACAAUCCUAAUACCUGUUUUAGAUUUUGAUUUUAUUAAUAUUGAAGAAUUGACAAUAAAAUUAAAUAAUCACAAAAAUUAUUCAGGAAUCAUAUUUACGAGUCCAAGGAGUGUUUUGGGAUUGAAAUUAUCACUUGAUAAUAACGAUAAUAAAGAAAUAAUUAACCAGUGGAAAAAUCAUACAAAUUAUGUAAUAGGAGAAAAAACAGAAAAAUUAGCUAAAGAUUUAGGUUUUAUAACUCGAGGAAAAGAAACUGGGAAUGGUGAUGCAUUAGCAGAAUUAAUAUGCAAAAAAUCAUUUGAAAAACCAUUUUUAUAUUUGAUCGGAUCACUGACACAAAAAAAUUUUAAAAUCAAACUAGAAAAAAAUAAUAUUAAAGUAGAUGAUUUAGUAAUUUACAAAACCAAACCACAUUCAGAUCUUGAAGAAAACAUAUUAAAAUUAAAAUUAGAAAUUAAUGAUAAGCCUGCAUAUUUCAUAUAUUUUAGCCCAUCUGGUGUUAAUUAUACAAUUCCAAUAUUAAAAAAAUUAAACUAUAAUUUUGAAUUCAUUAAGUUUGUCGCAAUCGGUCCGACAACAGAAAAACAAUUAAUCGAAUUUGGAUUUAAAGUUUUUAAAACGUCUCUCGAACCGAAUCCUAAAUAUUUACUCGAUUCAAUUUUAGAAAAUUAA